AAUUGUUGACAGUAGCGUGGACGCAUCGUCAUCAUUCGAGCAGAGGGGAGAGAGAGAGAGAGAGAGAGAGAGAUGAAGGAGGGCACGGCGAACUGCAUCGACAUCCUCAUCGCCAUCAUCCUCCCGCCUCUCGGCGUCUUCCUCAAGUUCGGCUGCAAGGUCGAAUUCUGGCUCUGCCUCCUGCUCACCUUCCUCGCCUAUCUCCCCGGGAUCAUCUACGCGAUAUACGUUAUCACCAAGGACUAGCCAGCUAGCGCCGUAAACCGGGACAAGGUGAGAGAGCUAGCUGAUCAGCCAGCGGAGGUAAUGGAGAUGAACUGCUGAGAUCACUUGCCCUGCUGCUCAAUGUUUCUGGAUGGAGACUGAAUCUCAGCUGUGCUGUGCUGUGCUGUGCUGUGCUGUGAUGCUGCUAUAUACUACCGAUUGAUCCU